AUGGCUGUCACUGCUAUCGAAAGUAUCUCUGACUUCCUCACCCUCAUCAACUCGGGAGAUGUGGUGAUCAUCGACUUCUGGGCUACAUGGUGUGGUCCUUGCAAAAUGAUUAGUCCUUUCUUUGAACAGCUGGCCUCCCGGCCCGAGUUCAGCGCCAUCAAGUUCGCCAAGGUCGACGUCGAUACACAGGAGGAUAUUUCUCAAGAAUGUGGAAUUAGAGCCAUGCCGACCUUUAUAGUAUUCAAAGAUGGCCAAAAGCUGGACGAUAUGGCGGGAGCUCACCCCGGUGGCCUGCAAGGUCUUGUUCAGAAGUAUGCGUGA